AACACUUACAACAAAGUUGAUUCUGUGUAGGGUUGGAGGCUAGACAGUUCUACAAGUUUUUAGUCACAUUUUCCAUGUCAGUUAAAUCUAGGGAGUUCAAGGCUACUGGAAAAAUUAGUCUCAUUACUAAAAGAAACGUAGAGAACGAGGGAGGAAAAGAGGUACGGGAGACCAGGAGGUACCUCUGAGUUGCAGAAGUGAUUGUAAAAUACCAGACCUGUUCUUUUUUACUAAAGGCUAGUUUCACAAUCUUGUGUCUGAAAUACUGAGGCACCUACUUAGACUUGUCUUCUUCCUAAUCUUGCUGGUGAAAAAGAAGUUACUAGAAAGAAAGGAAGAAAAAAACUUGAUCUGGUGACUGCAGGAAGCAACACGUUGCUGACUUUAUUCGACAGAUAAUGAUUUAUGAGGAAUCCAAGAUGAAUUUGGAGCAGGAGAGGCCGUUUGUCUGCAGUGCCCCAGGCUGCUCCCAGCGCUUCCCAACAGAGGACCAUCUGAUGAUUCAUAGGCACAAGCAUGAAAUGACUUUGAAGUUUCCCUCAAUAAAAACAGACAAUAUGUUAUCAGAUCAGACUCCGACCCCCACGAGAUUCCUGAAGAACUGCGAGGAAGUGGGGCUGUUCAAUGAGCUGGACUGCUCGCUGGAGCAUGAGUUCAGGAAGGCUCAGGAGGAGGAGAGCAGCAAGCGGAGUAUCUCGAUGCAUAAUACAGUUGGUGGGGCCAUGGCGGGGCCCGGAGCUCACCAGCUUGGCAGCACCCGGAUGCCCAACCAUGACACCAGCGUUGUGAUUCAGCAAGCCAUGCCGUCACCCCAGUCCAGCUCCGUCAUCACACAAGCACCUUCCACCAACCGCCAGAUCGGGCCUGUCCCAGGCUCUCUAUCUUCUCUGCUACACAUCCACAACAGACAGAGACAGCCCAUGCCAGCCUCCAUGCCUGGGACCUUGCCCAACCCUACAAUGCCAGGAUCUUCCGCUGUCCUGAUGCCAAUGGAGAGACAAAUGUCCGUGAACUCCAACCUCCUGGGAAUGCAAGGUCCGAAUCUCAGCAACCCCUGUGCUUCGCCCCAAGUCCAGCCUAUGCAUUCAGAAGCCAAAAUGAGGCUGAAGGCCGCAUUGACUCACCACCCUGCUGCCAUGUCCAAUGGGAAUAUGAACACCAUGGGCCACAUGAUGGAAAUGAUGGGCUCCCGGCAGGACCAGACGCCGCACCACCACAUGCACACACACCCGCAUCAGCACCAGACACUGCCAGCCCAUCACCCCUACCCGCACCAGCACCAGCACCCAGCACACCAUCCCCACCCUCAGCCCCAUCACCAGCAGAACCACCCGCAUCAUCACUCCCACUCCCACCUCCAUGCGCACCCAGCACAUCACCAGACCUCGCCACACCCACCCCUGCACUCCGGCAACCAAGCACAGGUCUCACCAGCCACACAACAGAUGCAGCCAACCCAGACGAUACAGCCGCCCCAGCCCACAGGGGGGCGCCGGCGACGGGUGGUGGACGAGGAUCCGGAUGAGAGGCGGCGGAAAUUUCUGGAACGGAACAGGGCCGCCGCCACCCGCUGCAGACAGAAGAGGAAGGUCUGGGUGAUGUCACUGGAAAAGAAAGCUGAAGAACUCACCCAGACAAACAUGCAGCUUCAGAACGAAGUGUCCAUGUUGAAAAACGAGGUGGCGCAGCUGAAACAGUUGUUGUUGACGCAUAAAGACUGCCCGAUAACAGCCAUGCAGAAAGAAUCGCAAGGAUAUCUAAGUCCGGAGAGCAGCCCUCCCGUGAGCCCGGUCCCUGCGUGCUCUCAGCAGCAGGUCAUCCAGCAUAACACCAUCACCACGUCCUCGGCCGUCAGCGAGGUGGUCGGAAGCUCCACCCUCAGCCAGCUCACCACUCACAGAACAGACCUGAACCCGAUUCUUUAAAAACCAGGGGCCGGACCUCGCCUCCCAGAAGAGCUGCCACGUACACCGUCCUUUCUUUGAAGGGCAUUUUUAGAAUUCACUCAGACCUGGAAGACUCCUCAGUUCUUCAAAGACUGGCUUUCAUUUUUAUAGUUAUUAUGGAAAUGUUGUCUUUUAUACUUAGUUAUAUAAGAAAAAAAGGGAGUUAUGCAAUUAAUAUCUAUCAGCUUGGGAAAUGCUUUGGUGCUUUUCUCCAGUUUUCUGGUACCAGUUACUUGUUUAUAAACUGAACUCUUUCUGUAUAUAGUCAUGGUUUCAUUCUUAUCAGUCCAACCCUUUGCCUGAAACAUUGAGUCUCGUUAAGCCGCAGCUUAUAGCCAAAAUGAGGCAUACUUAGAUAGCAACAGAUGCAAGGUGACUGGGUGAGAAGUCUGAUGACAUCAUAACACAUGUUGAGUUUGUGCUGUGAUGUCACCAGAAUCCCAGAUAAACAUAGAGCCUUUCCACAGCUUUGUUUCUCUGACCGUUAGAAAUUGGAAGACCCACUGAUGUCCACAUAAAACCACCAGGCAUCUCUCCACCCCUCCUGCUCCUCUUGGUCCACUUUCUCCAAAGCCCAAUUUCUCUCUACGUUUCCACUCUUUCCUGGGCUCCUUGUUGCCUCUUCAUUUUUACUUUCUUCUGUUUUAUUUUUCCCCCUUCAGCAUUGCAUGUAAAGAAGAAACUAAUGUUUAAAGAAAAAGAUCAAUGUAAACCUCAGAAAUGUGGACCUAGCCAUUGCUUCCCUUGCCCUUGACCUGCAGCUGGAAUUCAUUCAACUCUCGCUUUUUACAAAAUAGUAACCAGGAGAUGUUUAAGGUGUCUGGUUUAAUAUUUUUAAUAAUCAGAGCAAAUAAAAGGUGGCUUAGCCACAGGUGAAGCACUGUCGAAUGCCAGCUGUGGAGACACCAGGGAAGGGAGCUGUGAGCCUCGGCUGUGAACGUCCACAUCGUAAUGCGAGGCUGUAGCAUCGCACCCUCGGUGACAACCGGUUCUCUAUGGCCUGUCUACAGUGUCAAAAAUCCAUGUGCUAUAUAAUAAUUCAGAAGGGCUCCAUUCACUACAAAUUGCAUUGUUCAGUCAUCAGCUGCUAGUAGCCUCAGAUUUAUUGGUUUUGCUUUUGUUUUUUUCUGAAGCCUAUGGAAGCAGCUUUGCUGUUCCGGUGGGUGAAAGUAGAUAACCCUGGAGGAACAAAGAGAGAAGAAAACCGAGGUUCCAUUGGGGUGCUUUCCGCCCUCCCACGGCAGUUCAAGAAAGGGCCCCGUGGGCAUGCCCGCUCACUCUCCCGAACAGUUCUGAUUUACAUUUUCGACAACUUUUGUGGACCUGCCUAUUAUAAAAAGCAGAUAGUUCCAAACCACAGUUGUGCCUCCUUGAAAUAAGCCAUUCUACUGUUCUAAUGUUUUAAUAUCACAUCUCACAAAUAACCAGGCUAAUGUUUCUCUUUAGCAGUCUAGACAGGUGCUGGUGUUUCAUCUCCAUUUGAAUGCUUGACCUCCUAACAUGAGUGUGGGCAUGGGCGUGCGUGCGUGCGUGCGUGCGUGUGUGUGUGUGUGUGUGUUCAUGG